CUAGCUCCGCUUCUUCAUUCAGUGACCCGGGUCACGCAGCUCGCAGGCAGCUUGUCAUCGGUUACUAACAACUGUAUUUUUAUAGUGUGCCAAACAAAAGCCAAAGACCAACACCAUGCCUGUCUUCCACACGAAGACAAUCGAGAGUAUUUUGGAGCCAGUGGCCCAGCAAGUGUCACGACUUGUCAUUUUACAUGAGGAGGCAGAGGAUGGAAAUGCGAUGCCUGACCUUGCAGUGCCAGUGCGAGCUGUCAAGGCUGCAGUUGAUAACCUUGUGCGAGUGGGUUAUGAGACCGUCAACAGCAGUGAUGAUCAGAUCUUGAAGCAAGACAUGCCUCCGGCACUCACUCGAGUAGAAGAGUCGUCUCUCUUGCUGCUGGAUGCAUCAGACUUGUUGCGAGCAGAUCCCUACUCUGGGCCUGCUCGCAAAAAGCUCAUCGAAGGCUCCCGAGGAAUUCUGCAGGGAACGUCAGCUCUCUUAUUGGCAUUUGAUGAAUCAGAGGUGCGUAAGAUCGUGCGUGUUUGUAAAAAUGUGCUGGAGUACCUGGCCAUCACAGAAGUUGUUGACCGAAUGGAAGACCUGGUCACCUUUGUCAAGAACCUGAGCCCAGUGCUGACACGGAUGACAAAGAAUGUGGAUGCUCGUGAGAAGGAGCUAACCCAUCAAGUACAUCGCGACAUGCUGCUGCGCUCACUAGAACAGGUUAAAAAUCUCACGCCAGUCCUCAUCUCUGGCAUUAAAAUCUUCAUUACUGCCAAGCAAUCAGGCCAGGGUCUGGUUGAGGCGCAAAACAACCGUGACUACACCGUGAGAAAGAUGUCAGAUGAGAUCCAUGAAAUCAUCCGUGUGCUGCAGCUGACAACAUAUGAUGAGGAAGAGUGGGAUGCAGAUGAUCUGACAGUUAUGAAAAAGGCACAGAAUGCUAUCGAGGGGAAAAUGCAGUCUGCACAGGACUGGCUUCAAGAUCCAGCUGCAUUAGUUGGCAGUGCAGGUGACAAAGCACUCAAGCAGAUUCUAGAUGAUGCUCGCAGGAUUGCAGACCGGUGCACCAACCGGCAGGAGCGAGACACCAUUUUAAAAAAUGUCAGUGACAUUGAAUCUAUGGCCAAUGCUCUUUCAGAACUUCGACAGCAAGGGAAGGGAAGCAGUCCCCAGGCUUUGUCACUGGCACGUGAGAUCCAGAACAAACUACGUGAACUACAGAAGCAAACAGCAAAUAGUAUCACUUCAACUGAGCGCAGUGGCAUCCGCAAGCCAGCCCCAACUGUGGAUGGCAAGGUGGAGCAAGCACGGCAGUGGCUAGCAAACCCAGGCCUGGAUGAUAAGGGGCUAGGUGAGGCAGCUACACGCCUGGUUGUUGAGGAGGGACGUCGAGUGGCCAACUGUUGCACAGGCCCCCAGCGUCAGGAGCUGCUGCGUUUGUGCGAUGAGACAGAAAUUCUGACUAAUCAACUCGCCGACUUAUGCAGACGGGGUCAGGGUAAUGGGCCUCAGGCAAAGGCAAUAGCCCGUAACUUAUCAGAGAAACUUGCUGCCCUCAAGACCAAAAUACAGGAUGCUUUGGUCAGCCAGGUGGCAGAAGACUUUAUUGACAUUUCUACACCACUCAAGCAGCUCAGUGAGGCAGCAAUUAUUCCUGUUGGUACACCGGGAAGGGAAGCCAAUUUUGAGGAGAAGGCACGCAAAUUCCAGGCUCAUGCUCAACGUUUAGCAGAUACUGCAAAUUCUGUAGCAACUGCAGGAGGCUGUCCCAACAAGCAGACAGUGGAAGCCAUUUUCAAAAACUCAGCGCAGGUGAAGGACCUGACCCCCCAAAUUGUGAAUGCAGCACGUGUGCUUUUCACCAACCCAAAUAAUCAAGCAGCAGUGGAACACUUUGAGCUGCUCAAGAAGCAGUGGACAGAGAACAUGGAGCGUCUUCGCUCGUUGGUUGAUGAAGCUGUGGACACAGGAGCUCUCAUUCGGGCUGAAGAGGAAGGUAUUCUGCGAGACACGGAGAGGAUUGAAGAUGGAAUCCGAAACAUUGACUCACCGUUGAUUGUGACAAAUGCAUCAAGCAUUGCUAGGCGAGCUAAUCGAGUGUUGCAGGUUGCUGAGAUGGAGGCACAGAACAGCGAAGAUCCUCUCUUUGUAGACCGCGUCAAUGAAGCUUCAGAAAACCUUAAGUCAUCCAUUACACCAAUGGUGCAGAAUGCCAAGGUCCUGUCAACUAAUCCUCAGAACAGUGCAGCUGCCAGCAGCUGGAGGAAAGCUAAUCAGCAGUUGAUCAGUGCAGUGGGAGGGGUUCGGGAGGCUGUGUCUGUGCGCAGAGAUGGGUACAGUGAGAGGUUUCCACCACCACCGUUGGACAUGGACCAGUUGCACAUUUCAGCUCCACAGAGCUUCCAGGAUGUGCUCCUAGCUGUACCUUUGCACAACAUUCCCCCACCCCCCACACAUCCCCCACCUCCAGAGUGUGCACCGGAGUUUAGGACCAUUUUUCAUCUGCCAACACAAGAGCUGCCAGCGAUGAUCUCCCCAUGCUCCAGUUGGUCUCCCUUCAGUCUCAUGGUUGAUAGCGAAGCUGGUAGAUCCAUCUUAGUUAGAGUUCCAGACUCAUACAGUGUUGAUGGGUACCAGAACUCACCUACACAAGCAUCCUUGAGUCGAGACCACCACGUGGCAACUGACCGAGUGCCUGCUCCGCCCCCAGUCCCCCCACCCCCGGUUCCCCCACCCCCACAGCCUGACUACUAUGGCUACUAUGGCUACGAUGUCCCUCCCAGACCCCCACCUCCAUCAGACAUGGCACCACCAAGACCCCCACCCCCAGAAACGGACGACGAGGAAGACUUCCCAAUCCCACAGGCGAACCAGCCAAUAAUGAUGGCAGCACAUGCUCUACAUAUGGAAGCUAAGCAGUGGUCUAGUAAGGAUAAUGAGAUUAUUGCAGCUGCCAAACGCAUGGCAUUGCUGAUGGCCAAACUGAGUCAGCUGGUCAGCCCAGAAGUAUUCGGAGGGGAGGGAGGAACAAAGAAGGACUUGAUUGCAACAGCCAAGGCCAUCGCAGAGGCUUCUGAAGAUGUGACACGUCUCGCUAAGAAACUGGCUGCUGAGUGCACUGACAAGAAAAUGAGGACGAAUCUGCUUAACGUCUGUGAGCGCAUACCAACAAUUGGCACUCAGCUGAAGAUUCUUUCUACCGUCAAGGCCACCAUGCUUGGAGCCCAAGAACCUAUUCCUGCUCCAGAUGGCAGUGAGAUUGCCGUUGGUUCAGAGGAGGACCAGGAAGCCACUGAGAUGCUGGUGGGCAAUGCGCAGAACCUCAUGCAAGCUGUGAAAGAGACAGUGCGCAGUGCCGAGGCCGCCUCCAUCAAGAUAAGAGUUGAUUCCGGCUACACCAUUCGCUGGCAGCGCAAGCGUCCCUGGUACACAUAAAUGUCACGCUGCAAGACAACAGGUGUUGAUCCGUCACACCUGAUUACCAUGCAUGGUGCUAUUUGAGGCUCAGGAUAGACAGUGACAAGGGCAGAAUGAGUUAGUUAUUACAGGUUUCAAAAAAUGGGAAAAGUUAUAUUCAUAAACAGUUGUCAGAUGUUUUCUGCAGGCCAACUUCCAAAUUGAGAUAGUCAUGUGAGAGAGAUGCAUUCAAGUUCUUUAGGUGAAAAAAUAACUGGGUCAUAGUAACAGUCUGACCAUGCAGUGACUUCAGUCUGACCAUUAUAAUGGAUUCAGUAUUGACAUCUCCAGCUCAGCAACAGUAAAUGUCAUUCAGCUGGAGCGAAUGUGCCAGUGACAUCACAGCAGUUGCAUGAUCUCUGGCCAUCUUAGGCACAUGUGUGACAUGGCAGUUGUCAAACAUGUUACGUGUCAUAUCUGACACACUCAUAUUCUCUGAGAGAAUUUGCUGUACUGGCAUGGUCAGGGUAGCUCCUGCACAGCAGCCACUGUCAGAAUUCUAGCAGACACUUUCACGAUAGUGCACACGCUUCUGUUAUGUCAUGUCCAUGUAGAUCUAAGAGGGUGAGUAGGAAAUAAAUGCCUGACAUUUCAGGACAACAAGAGACUUUACUGACUAGUGCCAAAACCUGACACAUUGUGACGUCACUGUACUGAAGAGUAUUUUAGUCUUGUUGAUAUUGGUCAUGUUCUUCUUGUAGAUUUACUUCAAAUAUUACUCUACCUGAGACCCCAACAGCAGGUUUUACUUGGGAUCUGAACAAAGAUUUCAGCUUUGUGCAAUGUUUUUUUAUGCUUCACUAAACAGAAUGUUCUAGCUACUAAGUAUUUCAUUUGACUGCCAUCUUCUGGCCUCUGCCUUAUCCCAGCUACAGGAAAGCCUAACCUACAACAAUUAGAUGUUGUGGCUUAUUCCAGCUAUAGGUCAUCUCUUGGCAUGUAAUGGCUUACCUAGACUAUCUUUACUUUUUUCUUUGGUUUUCCCCACCUUUUAAUGACGCUUGACAUGAAUUGAAUGCUCUCUUGUACAGUCUUCACUGCCCCAUACAGUUUGCACUGAUGGCAAACUGGUCUUGGCCAUAUCUCGUGAAAGAUUGGAGACUUUGCAGGAUGUAUUCUGCAAUCUAUUUCUCCACAGAUGGGCAGCUGGGGGCUUGUGGUAGGCAGCACAUGACAGUUUUUUGUUCAGUUGGGGAUUAGCCUGUACCUGAAAGCAACAAAAUUUCCCUUUUGAAAUAUCCUUUGCUUUGAAAGAAUGCUCAAAGGGGAAGGGAAUCCUAUGUCUGCUUUACAAAAAUGUUUGCCUUACCUCUGUUUAAUCUCUCAAUUGUAGAUCUUCAGUGCAAUAGUUUGUUUUUAUUGUGUAGUUAACAGUGUCUCAGUUUGUUGAGAAACUUUGUUGAGAAACUUUUGAUGUUAUAAAUUGAACUUGUCAGUGCUGUCAAAGAUUGGGGUGGUUUUUCUUUAUUUAAGGGUCACACUGUUCUGUGACUUCGUAAACAGUCAUUGAUGUGCUUUUGUUUACGGAGGUUGCUAGACAUGAAAUUGUGUUCAUCUUUGCAUCUGUCUGGACAAUUCUUGAGUGGUCUGUCUGGUCCUGCCUCAUCCUGAUUUGUGAUAUAGAUAUUUAAAUGAUCUUCCCAUCUCUUUAGCUUACUUACCAAUGGGCAUUUAUUCGUUCUUAUAUUUAUGUGGCCUUAUGUUAGCAUUAUCUUCUGAAUGUUUGUGUGAGUAACUCUGCACCUCUGCAUUAUCUUGAUUGCUAAAUAACUGCUGUCACUAAAUGGCAGUGUGCAGCAGGUAGCCAGCCCAGAGACUGCAAGGUUGUCAAUUGAUCUACCACACAGCGUAAGGUUAUUAAGGUUUUAUCAUGGCUGUCGAGUAUGAUCUACCUAGGAGCUUUUUGAAGAAAUUUGAGCACUUCCAAUAGAUGAGGUCUUACACUGGACUGCAGUGAGACUGACACAUGAGAAACAAAGCAGUUACAGCCAGUAGAUAGUGCCCACAUUUGGCUGUUAUAGCCAGAAGAUAGUGCCUGCAUUUGGCUAGUAGGUGCCACAUCUUACUGUUACAGCCAAGAUAUGUUUCUAUGUCUUAGCCAGAUCUUCAGAAAAUAUAACAGCAAGUCAAGAUAACUUGCAAAGCCAGCUACAGAUGACUAGUUUUGACAAGUUAUUUGUUCACACCUUGUUUGAUUGAUCUAGGUUUUUGAGUGGGUUUUUUUUUCAUCAAAAAAUAUAUAAGUUGAUGAAAAGAGGAGGAAACAUGGGUUGCUACUAGCAGAAUAGAAAGAGGGCAUAGUGCGCUCUAAAGUGGAGCAAGUGUUGCUGCUAGCAACGAAACAAGAGGGACUGGUCUUGUAGAAAGUGGAUGCAAGUAGAACAUACUUGUCAUGUUGGUGAGGUGUGACCUCACAAGCCAUUGAACACUGUAAUAAUAGUUUUUUGUUUUUUGGGUUUUUUUUUAACUUUUGGGAUGCAGGGACAAUUUAACCAUCAUGACUGAAGUGUUCGACAAACCACCCACCAUUGCAGCCUUUUAAUAUAUAUAUGGCAAAGAAGCUUUUAUAUAAUUAUGGUCUUGAGUAUUUAUAUCUUUAUUAAGAGCUGUAUGCAUAUCAUGAGUUUACCAUAGUUAACAGAACUUUGCAUUUAUCAAGUAAGAUAGAUUUAACAGUUGUGGGCAGGUUCUGUGGCAAAUGCUAUUGUAUGCAAUGGCAUGCCUGAGUUGCCAGAAGUGACCUGCAUCCUCCUGCAGUAUCUGCCGGCUGAAUAUGUCUAGAUGUCAGAGUUGUGUUUUUAAACCAGAAAUAUUGCAUUUGCUGUAGCAUAGAAUAGAUUAUACACCUCACUGAAUAAGUGGAUCUUUAUAUUAAUGCGGAUGUUCAUGACUGUGGAGGGAUGUUUUGUACCCACUGACUGACAGUCACAUCUUAGUGUAUUAUUAGACAUAGAGUAGAAUGCAUGUUAUCAAUAUUAUUUUUUCUAUAAUGUAUAUACAAAUGCAUACUCUCCAAUAAACUGUGAUGCUCUUGUGCAGCAAG